AUGGAAGAAGAAGAAGCCUUACCUUCCUUCCAAAAUAUUGCCCAACAAGAGGUCAUGAAAAAGAGCAAUGCUGAUCUUUCAGCUUUGAAUAGAGAAAAUCUUCUUGAGCAAUCUAAAUGUUCAGACGACACCACAAUGAUCACAGCUGAUGAUGGUAAAACACAAACUAUUCAGGCCACUAUCACCGAAAAGUUAUUACAUCAAUUCUAUCUUGAGACGAUUGCAGAGAUGAAUAUUUUCGAUCCCUUCUCGAGCGGUCAUGACGAUCACACACCCAUGAGCAAUAAUAACCAAGAAGAAUCAGGUGUUGCCCAUAUCAGUACGCUCGCUUCUCCAGCUACAUCGAGCAUGAAUCGUACACCUUGCGAGGACCUUAAUGAAAAUGCCAUUGACAGCAGACCACAAUUACUUUCAAUCAAACGAGAAUUGGAACACGAGAUUUCUCUGAUCGAUUCUCAACUCUUUGACUUGAAUGAAACGGAAGCGUUUUUGUCAGCUGCCCUCAAUCGUUUAGCUGCAGAAAAUAGAAUUAAUAACGCUCUCAAGGAUCAUGAAGCGUGCAAUUUAGAAGAGUUGAAAGAGCUGUCAAAAAUUGUUGAAAUUGAGGUUGAAAAAAAAGAGUCAUCCGAACAAAAACAAGAUCAUCUCAACCAUUGCAGAAAAUGA